AUGGCCCAUCAUGGUCCCACGUGCACUCGCGAACUUCCGCCGCAGCUCCCCACGCUCUCACUGCCGCAUCUUCCAGCCGGACUCACCACUCCCCUCUUCCUCCCCUCCCUCCCUCCCUCCCUCCCUUCCCCCAUCCUUCCUCUCUCCCCUCUUCCCCUCCCCUUCCCUCCCUCCCCCAUUCCCUCCCUCCCGCCUUCCCACCCUCCCCUUUUCAUUUCCUCCCCACUUCCCGUCCCUCCCUCCCCCCUUUCACGCGCCGCCCGUCUCGCAUGCGCCAUGCUCCACCCGUCAGGUGCGCUUGAGGACUUUCGUCAAGACCCGCCAGCACCUGCGGCCGCCGCCACUUCUGCCGCCACCACCGCCACCAGCAGCAGCGCCGCUGGCCCCGCUUCCCACACACCAACGCCCCUACUGCCAGCUGCCGCGUCGCCUGCCAUGCCACUCGCCCUCGGCGCGUCCGCAGCAGCAGGACUCGCCCGCGAGCAGGCACACGUAGGGUCAAGCCCCGCAGCGCCAGGAACAGGCGCAGGUGCAGCAGCGCCUGCAUCAGCGGCAGCAGCUCCGGUGGGGCUGGGGCUGGGAGGGGGCCUGCCGUCGCUGCCAGCGAGGAAGAAGAGAAGCGGCGUUGCAGGCACGAGCAAGGCCAAGGCUGCUGCUGCUGGCGACGGUGGUAAGACAAGUGACAGUGGUAGUGGUGGCGGGAGUGCGAGUGGGAGUGGGGGCAGCAGCAGCGGGGGCGGGGGGAUAUCAUCGACGUUGGAGCAGCUGCAGCAGCAGACACAGCGCACCGUCAGUGGCAUUGGGGAAGGGGAAGAUGCGGCAAGGGGGAGGGGAGGAGCAGUGGGGGGAGUGCCUGCAGGGCUAGGGGCGGGCUUGCCAGGGCUGGGCGGGCUGGGGGGGCUAGAAGGGUUGGGAGGGGAAGGGGAGGAGUUGGAUGAGGCGGUGGUGGAGCGACUGGUGAAGCAGUUUGAGGACAUGGGCACCCAGGACAUGGCGGGGCUCAUGGACGCGGUGAUGCAGCAGCUGCUCUCAAAGGACGUGCUGCACGGCCCAAUGAGGGACCUCCAUGCGCGCUACCCCGCCUGGCUCGCCGCCAACGCCGCCUCCCUGCCGCCCGCCGACCUGGCGCGGUAUGAGCGGCAGCAGCGCGCCAUCGGGCAGCUGUGCGCGCUGUACGAGGAGCGGCCGGGCGACUUUGAGGCGAUCAUGGCGGUGAUGGGCGACAUGCAGGCGUGUGGGCAGCCGCCUCCAGAGAUGAUCAAGGAGAUUGCUCCGGGGCUGGAGAUGGGGGCAGACGGCCUGCCUGU